CGCCACGUCAGGAACGUCCCGAGCUCUGGACAGCGCCCGUUAUAGCCAGUUUUAUUCUGACCAUGCGCUCUGGUGGAUGGACGACUGCGAGAAAGCAGCUGCUGAUGAGCUGAGGAGGAGGAAGUGAGAAGCAGUGAGUCCGGGGCCGGACGUUAAGACUUUUUUGAGAAAUGGCAGGAAAGUGCGGGAGGUUGGCACUGUGGGCUCUCGGCGCAAUGCUGCUGUCGGGACACAUCUACACGGAAACAGAUGCCACUCAGGACUGGAUUGUGGAUUCAGAGGAGCGUGGCGGGUAUUUGGGCGAGCUGUCGGUGGACUCAGAUCAGCUUCUAUACAGACGACACGUCGCUCUAACUCGAAAAAAAAGGAAUAUCUUGUUUCCCAGCGGAGUCAAACUCUGCACCCAGGAGACGUUUGACCAGGCCAUUGCCAACCACCUCAGCUACUUCCACCUCAGAGUGUGUCAGGAGACGGUGUGGGAAGCCUUUAAGAUCUUCUGGGACCGGCUGCCGGAGCGGGAUGAGUACCAGGACUGGGUUGGUCGUUGCAUGGACAGCUCCGUCAGCGUCAUGGACAUCGGCAGCUUCUUCAGCCAAUCGACGGAACACACCACUCUAAUCAGGAGUAGAGUUGCCAUGGCUGCUGCGAUGAACAGUGAGCCCAUCACCUCAGGCCCUCCUCCAUGCAGCUCUGAAACAACAACCAUCCAGACUGGACAAUCAGUGACUCUACCAGGGGAAGAUGCCAUCAUCAUCAGUUCAGAGACAAUCACAGAGGACGAAGAUGACCUUCCACCAGGCUUUGAGGUUACUGCUUGGACCCCUCCACCUUCUGCAACCAAAGGGUCGGUUCAAGACGCUACAGCACCCUUGACUGAGAUUCCUGUGGAUUUUACCUCCCGAGCCUGCGGUUUCCGCCAUGCCAGAGGACACCGAAGAUGUCCAGGAGAUGCUGGAGGCGGCAUUACUUCAGAGAGUCCACUUUUAGUCAUUACUGAUGCAGACGUUCCCUUGAAAUCUAAAGAAGUAGAUGUUGAGAACAUUGCAGAGGACACUGUGGAGGUUGCCACAGAGGUUGCUGACGCUGUUACCCAUGAGCCCUUUGAUGGGAUUGUUGAGGAAGAGGGGGAAGACAAAAUUGUCCCGGAUACAAGAGAAGAGGAGGCUGUAGUGGACAAUGACAAGAUCCUUCAGAUCAUUCCUGAAGAUGUGGAUGCACCUGUUUCUGACAUGAUUCAAGAAGUUAGCCCGCAAGGUGAGGAGCCGCCCUCAGAGGUUGCCGCUGCAGAGGUCAUCACUGAAGCUACUGUUGUGGUCCUUGCAAAGCCCACUAUAAUACCUGAUACAGAAGCUGUCACGCUGGAGGAACUGGGGCAAGCAGUAUCUCCGGAGCCUGCUGCUGAGGCUCCGUCAGAAACUGUGGCAGGGCAAAUCCCGGAGAUGACUGUCAAGGUCACUGAGGGCCCAGAAGUUGAAGAAAUUCCAGACAAUUCUUUGGAUGUCAGUGACAUUGUAGAGGAACACACUGAGGAUUUACCAGAGCCAAUCGAUGACACAGGAAUCGAUGCUGAGGAAUCUGAAAGUGACAUAAAGAAACCACCUGCAGAACAUCCUUCAGACGCUGUAGAAGUUAUCCGAGAUGAAUCUGUAGUCACCACAGAUGCAAUGCCAACUGUAUUUAUAAUAACAGAUCCAGAAGAAGAAGGAGAAGCUGAAAUAUUUAUAAAUGUGACUCCAGAAAAAGAAUCUGUCUUGGACAUAGAAACCGAGGUUCCUUCCCAGGUAUCUAUUCUGACCACAACCGACGUUGAAGUUAGUAGAGACAUUGGCGAGGGAAAAGCGCCAUUAGAUAAACCUACAAUAAUGGCAGAGGUUACUUCUGAGCCAGUCGUACCGAUCUUACAAGAUGACAAGAAUUUUUCACCACCAAUUACUACAGUGGGCAAGAUGGAGGCAACCGAGGAGGAAGAAAUAGUACUAGAGGCAACAGAAAAGCCAGAGGAAGAGGUAAAAGUCAAUAAUCAGGAAGCUUCAGUUGUUAUUGAAGAUAAAAUGACAGAAUCUGCUGUUGAAGUGGAGUCCGCUGAGGUGAUAAUAACAGAGACAGAUGUAAAAGAGCUAAUUGAGACUGUUGAUGAAAAAGCACAAAAAGAACUAGCAGUGGAAACAGAAGAUUCUACUGCCGAAGGAAAAAUAUUAGAAACAGCAGAGGAAAUACUAUCGGAGGGUACAGCAGAAGCUCCGGUACAUGUCACAACCAACACAGCAGAAGAAGAACCAGUUGAGGCUGCAACAGGAACAGCAAUCAUUGAAGAACAGCCACUGAAGACAGCUGAUGACACUACAAAAGAAACAGAGGGAACAACUGAGACUACAUUAGAACCAAUUGAAGGUGGAGAAGAAACACCUGUGGCACCUAUAGAACCUGCAGAAGAAGAAGGAGCAGAUGUAACUGAAACCGCACAAGAUCCAGAACCUGUAGAAAUACUAGAGCCGACAGGAGGGGCCACAAAAGAAGCAGAACUGGUAGAAGAAACUGCAGACACAACAGAACCUACAGUAGCACAAGCACAAGAAGUAGAACUUGUAAAAGAAGCUGCUGAAGAGACAGAACCUACAGGAGCACCUGCACAAGAAGUAGAACCUGUGGAAGAAACUAACAAAGACACAGAUCCUUCAGGAACAUCAGCACAAGAAAUGGAACCUGUAGAAGAAACUGCUGAAAAGACAGAACCUACAGGAGCACCAGCACAAGAAGUGGAACCAGUAGAAGGAACUAGCAAAGAGACAGAACCUACAGGAGCACCAGCACAAGAAGUGGAACCCAUAGAAGAAACUGCUGAAGAGACAGAACCUACAGGAGCACCAGCACAAGAAGUGGAACCAGUAGAAGAAACUGCAGACACAACAGAACCUACAAGAAUACCAGCACAAGAAGUGGAACCUGUAGAAGGAAUUAGCAAAGAAACAAAACCUACAGGAGCACCAGCACAAGAAGUGGAACCAGUAGAAGAAACUGCAGACACAACAGAACCUACAAGAGUACCAGCACAAGAAGUGGAACCUGUAGAAGGAACUAGCAAAGAGACAGAACCUACAAGAGUACCAGCACAAGAAGUGAAACCUGUAGAGGGAACUAGCGAAGAGACAGAACCUACAGGAGUACCACCACAAGAAUUUGGACCUGUAGAGGGAACUAGCAAAGACACAGAACCUACAAGAGUACCAGCACAAGAAGUGAAACCUGUAGAGGGAACUAGCGAAGAGACAGAACCAACAGGAGUACCACCACAAGAAUUUGGACCUGUAGAGGGAACUAGCAAAGACACAGAACCUACAGGAGUACCACCACAAGAAUCUGAACCAGUAGAAGGAACUAGCAAAGAGAGAGAACCUACAGGAGCACCACCACAAGAAAUUGAACCAGUAGAAGAAACUAGCAAAGAGACAGAACCUACAGGAGCACCACCACAAGAAGUGGAACCUGUAGAAGGAACUAGCAUAGAGACAGAACCUACAGGAGCACCAGCACAAGAAAUUAAACGAGUAGAAGAAACUAGCAAAGAGACAGAACCUACAGGAGCACCAGCACAAGAAAUUGAACGAGUAGAAGAAACUAGCAAAGAGACAGAACCUACAGGAGCACCACCACAAGAAAUUGAAGCAGUAGAAGGAACUAGCAAAGAGACGGAACCUACCGGAGUACCACCACAGGAAAUUGAACCUGUAGAAGGAACUAGGAAAGAGACAGAACCUACAGGAGUACCACCACAAGAAUUUGAACCAGUAGAAGGAACUAGCAAAGACACAGAACAUACAGGAGAACUCAUAAAAGAAGUUGCAGAUCUUGACAUAACAUCAAUAGAUAAAACACAAGAAACAGCUGUAGGGGAACCAAUGGAGGAUGGAAAAGAACCAACUUCUGAGGACUCGGAGGAGAUAAUGGAGGAAGAAGAUGGUGUUGCCAAACCAGAAGCAGAAGGAUCUGAACCAGAAGUUGCAGAGGAAGCAGUCCCAGAGACUCUUGAUGUAACCUCACCAGAGUCUGAUGAAGAGAUCACUCCAGUUAUUGUUGUUGUACCAGAAGAUACAGAGGGUUUAUUGCCUGAGACUGAAGUGGAGAAAACACCUGGACCAGAGUUAACACUGGAACUUCCAAGAGACGCUGAGUUAGUACAACCGGAAAGCACCAAGACUACUACACAGGUGAUUGAGCCUACAAGUGAAGACUCCAAACACCUCCCUGAAAUCGGGAAAGAAAUUGUCCCAGAGGCUCCAAGUGAAACAUCACCAGAGGUUGUGACUCCUGCCCAUCCAGGGACUACCACAAGGGGAGGAACCACUGAAGCGGAAGAGGUUUCACCUGAAAAAGAUGUUGUCAAGAGUGAGGACAGUGUCCAGGUCCCAGAGGAAGUUGAGGGUACCUCCCCCGAUGUUUCAGCAGAAAAUGCAGAGGAAAUCGUGACGGACAGUACUGAAACUGUUGUAAAAGUUACUGCAGAGAGUACGCAAGGUACCGCAGUAGAUGCCACUGAGGAACCCACCCCAGGUGCCUCUUUGGAAGUCACGACCAAGUACGUGGUGGAGUACAACAACGGUAACUUCCCCGAUCUAACGGAGAGGCCUUAUGACAUAGAUGAGAACUUACUUGGAAACAACGGCUUUGGGUUUGAGGAAGAGGAAGAGAACUCGAUUGGUAACGAGAUAGACGACACUUUGCUGUUGCCCCCGAGGCUCCUGAAGGACCAGGUGGUGGAGCUGAGCAUUAAACUGAGAGCAGAAACCUACAACGACGCUCUGAGAGACCCGAGCAGCUUCAACUACCAGCAGCUAGCCAGACACUUCACACGCAGGAUUGAAGACGCCUUCGAGAGGUUGCCGGGUUUCAAGAACGUCUACAUCGUUGAGUUCAGGCCACAGAAGGACCUGGAGCGGGGUUUGGUGGUUCUGGUACACUACGCUAUCACUCUGGAAGUCGACAGCAGCGGCAUCACCAACGACACACUGGACUUCAUCUCUCUGCAGAACAAUCUGGUGGAGAAGAAUUAUCCCGGCGCCGCCGAGCAGCCCACCGUCCUCUACACCAUCACCGACUUCCGCAACUACAUCACAGAGGCUCUGCACAAAGACAAUUUCAUGAGCAACAGCAGCUUGGAGACGCAGCCCGACUCGCUGCAGCUGGAGAACACGGAGAACUUGUUACCUGCUGUAAAACCUACGAGCCUCCCGGCCGACACCUUCGACAACAUGGGUAACGUCCUCGCCGCAGAGAAGCCUCCCGACGCUCCGAACCACGAGGUGGAGAGCAGCGACGUUUUCCUGAAGAAAGACGACUUCCUGUUUGACCCGUUUGACCAGUGGAAAGGCCCUCAGGGCGCGGUGGUGAGUGAGAACGACGUCUUCAUGUUUGACGAGAGCACGGCUCCUCCACCCACCGCUGAGUUCCCGGAGCAGACGUUUGACCUGGAGCCAGCAGCACCAGGGAAUGAUGGAAAUAUUGAAGAUGAGGGAUUCCUCCUCAGUAAUGCCGCAGAAGAUGUUACCCACCGAGGGGACCAUGCGGUAGGUCCUGGAGGCUCCUCUGCAGCUGCCCCCCCUCAAACAGGCUCCGAGGUCACACUUGACGAAGGAUCUGGCUCUGGUUUCUCCGGAGACGGCCAGGGAGCUGAUCUUUGGUCCUGGCAGCCAGCGGCUACCUCUGAUGGGACUGGCUUCUAUGAGAAGAGUGAUGGCAGCCUGGAGGUGCUACCACCGCCUGAUCUGGAGGAGACUGAAGAUGAAGGUGAGGAUGAGGAGGCAGUCGGAGUUGAGUCGCCAACCACUGAGAAAGAAGAUUUAAUAGCGAUGGAAGUUGAGUUCACCAAUGCUCCAGUAGUUCCUGCUUUUGAGGAAUCAGUUCCAGACAGAGGCAUUGAGGAACCUUUCUUGGAUCAGGUUUUGGUAACGCCGCACAUCAGCACAGACCCUCGAUACUCAACCACCACCGAAGCACCUGUAUUCUCACCCAAAGGUACCUUGACUGUUGAACUUUCAGUGCGAACAGUGGAGACAUCCGCCAUCUACGAUGACUACUCCUUGACUGAACCACAUACUCAUGUGGCAGCAGUCACAGAUUCUCUUCAACUGGAAGUUUGGACUCGUGAGGCCCCUGUUUUUGCAGGACCAACUGAUUCUGUAGUCAAGGUUCAAGAAAUCACUGAGGAGGUGGAAGUAACUUCUACAGCAGGAAUAGACCUUGCAGUGGCUACAGCUAGAUCUGAAUCAGAAGAAGAUGUACCUGAGAAGGAGGAGUUUGAAGUCAUUGUUGCACCUGAAGUGGUCCCAGAUUCUGAUGCCUCCUCAACCAAAGAGGCACCUACCUUUGUAGAAGUCAAGGCAGUCACAGUCAAAGACUCCAGCUUUGAUACAAUCACUGAAGAGCCACCAGACCUUGAAGUAUACACAGAGAAACCCAAACUGCUGCUGCCAGAAACUGAAGACCACUAUGUGGUUGAGAUUUUGGAGGAACAACACAUUGGUGCCACUGAUGCUGCGAUAACAAUGGCCCCGGUGGUUGGCAUCCAAGACGAGGAUUUGUUUGAGGAUGAAGUCAUGGUUGCCACUACAACGACUGAUGCUCCAGUCCUCACUUCAUCUGUAAGUUCAGACCACAGCAGCAGCAUUGCACUCUCACCUGAGAAGGACUCACCAUUCACUCGAGUGUCUGAUUCAUCGCCGGAGGAUGAGGAACCGGUUCACCUUGACCACCUAAACCACGAAGACGUUGAUGAAAACCCAAUGAUUAAUCCGACUUCAGAUGUUUCUCUUUUGACGCCAUCCGUGGUGGUUCUGAACAAAACAGAAGGUGCUCCAACAGAUGUCAUAGAAUGGUCACCAGGCACUUCAGCAGAGGAUGAAGACUUGGGUACCACUUUGACGAAUACUACGGGAAAGGAAUUAGGUAGCAAUAUUCUCCAAACAGCUACUUCCUCGCUUCAGGAAAACAACACUCCUGCUACCGAGAUCCAAUCCUUCGAGCACAUUCUUUCUGACGUGCCAAGCAUCGCCGUCAGCUUUGAUGUCUUCCAGUAUGGUGGCGUGGCAACUGAAGGUGACAGCAGUGGUUUCUCCAGUGGGGCUCAGGGGUCAGACCUGGAUGCCAUCGCAUUACCGACCCGACCUGGCAGGGCCCUUACGGUUUUCUUUAGGCUCAGGGUAACCAACAUGGCGUUCUCCAUGGACCUCUUCAACAAGAGCUCAGCUGAGUACAAAGCCCUGGAACAACGGUUCCUACAACUGCUGGUCCCGUACCUUCAAUCCAACCUGAACAACUUUAAGAACCUGGAAAUUCUCAACUUUAGGAACGGCAGCAUAGUGGUGAACAGCAGGAUGAGGUUCGGUAAGCCAGUUCCCAGAGGUGUCACCAAUGUUGUCUACCUCAUCCUGGAGGACUUCGCCAACACCGCCUACCAGACCAUGAACCUGGCCAUCGACAAGUACUCCCUGGAUGUCGAAUCAGGUGACCGGGCAGAUCCCUGUAAGUUCCAGGCAUGUAACGAGUUUUCCAGGUGUAUGGUGAAUCGGUGGUCAAGCGAGGCCGAGUGCGUUUGUGACCCUGGAUACCUGAGCGUGGACGGACUGCCAUGUCAGAGCGUCUGCGAGGUGCAGACAAACUUCUGCCUCAAUGACGGCAAAUGUGACAUCAUCCCCGGCAAGGGCGCCAUCUGCAGGUGUCGGGUUGGAGAGAACUGGUGGUAUCGCGGCGAGCACUGCGAGGAGUACGUUUCCGAGCCGCUGGUAGUGGGCAUCGCCAUCGCGUCAGUGGCUGGUUUCCUAAUGGUGGCGGCCGGGAUCAUCUUCUUCCUGGCGAGGUCGCUGCGAGAGCAGUACGACGAGGAAGACACAGAGGACCCGCUACGACGGGGUGACAGUGUGCCGACCCUGGAGCGCGCCACCAAGUUCAACCCCAUGUUUGAGAGUGACCCAGUCACCGCCCAGUACUACCGUCGCUAUGAUGACGAAACACCACAGUACUACCACCGUUGUGACCCCGACCAUCCGCAGCACAGCAGCUCCGUCAGCACGGACAGCUCCAAAGACUUCGGCAGCGACGAGAUACGACACAUCUAUCAGAACACCUCGCUCACCAAAGAGGAGAUCCAGGAGCGUCUGAGGAUAAUCGAGCUGUGUGCCAGGGAUCAACACUUUGCAGACUUCGUGCGACAGACUCAAGUAUUCCUGGAGAGGAGAGGAAGCUCGACCACAUAGCGAGUCCUGAGCCGCUGACCUCGAGAAACCUGCCUUCGUCUUUGAUUUGUGGAGUUUUCCGUCGCCUGGCUGCUUCCCAUCAGUUGGAGGUGAAAGGUGACGGGACGCUGAAACUUUCUGGGAGUUUAUUUCCUUCUGAGGACAAUUUCUGCUCUUCUGUUUCACCGACCAUGCACUGAACUUUGACCUCUGCAAGGUCGCCUGUCCCUCUGACCUUUACCUGUCACCUCCUCAUGUAAAUACUGUUCUGUCUUUGUUUUUUUGGAGUAACACUUCAGUCACUGCUCUUUAACUUUCACUGCUGUACCUCUGUCUUUUACUUUCAAAUGGAUUUCAUGGCUUUCAUCUUUAGCUUGAAUUCAAGGGCUUCUGUUUGCAACCUGCUCUCCACCGCUGUCGUACAAAAGAAACUCGCACCUGAAGGUUUUGUUGUCGAUUGUCUGACAGCUCUGGCUCCCAGCGCUCCUCCCCAUCAGUGCCUUGCCGCUCUGUUAGCUUUAUUUUUGGGUAACUGAUGCGUAGAAUCUCAGAGCCCUUGACGUCACUGUACUUCCACGACAACCCGGAUCAUUAACGCCAUCGAUCAGCUGCUUACCGAACGCCAGCACCCGUCUGCGUUUCUCACCAAUGUUUACAUUUCUCAACCAAUGCUGGAGUGUUAGCGGAUGUGUAGCCUGUCAGUGUCUUCUUGUAUGUGCUUGUUUUUUUAAGAAGUCCUACCUUUGAUUCUCGCGUGGUCCCUCAACCAGAAAGGUUUCAGCAACCAGAGAAAUGUUGACCACAGUUUCCAAUCAGUCUUAGUUUGUCUGACGAUUAGUGAGAUGGUCGAACGCAUUCAGUCUGAUCCCUUUGCAAACUGCUCUCCUUUAAGCCGAGUUAAUGAAACCGAUGAUACAAAAAGGUUCAAAAAGCUGGAAAUCAGAAGCUGAGUUUCUGUUUUUUAUGACCUGAAACUUGGUCUGAACAAGAUACCUAGUUAGCAUGAGAUAUUCUCUUUUUCAAGCAAAAUAUUAACUUGUUUGCGACCCUCGAGCUGAAAUAAAAAGAACCUUAAUAAAUGUAAUGAAAGUAUCCGAGUAUAAAAACCCAGGAAAUAUGAAAAUGCUUCCACAGGACAGACGAUAAAAAUUCCUCUUGAACAUUUAAACGGUUUAAAUAACUUGAAUUUUCUUCGUUUGUUGCAUUUUACUUGAAACAUUUCUACUUAAACUCAACCGUCUGCAUUGUAUUAGAAUCUAUCCAGUAGACUGUCAGCUGAUAUUUAUUGUUGUAUGUUUAGAUGUUUUUCUAGCAAGCCCUCCCAAUCACUAAGUUGUAAUACAGUUCCCAGAAUGCACUGGUCCAGCUGUAAUGGUCACAUUCCACUGAUAUCUGUCUUGUGUGUGCAGGUCUGGGGCUCUUUGUGUGUUUUGUAUCGUGUUUUCUAUGCUGUAAUUAUAGAGCAGAGACAAUAACAAAAAUAUGAUGUGUACGUGCGCGCUGGCACUGUCGCAUUUUUCUAAAAUAAAAUGACAAUAUUUUUUACAGUA